UAUCUUGAUCAAAGACCUUCAAACACCCAACGAACGAGUUUAUCGCUAUCUAUCGCUAGGCCUUGAAAACUUCUCAGAGUUAUGGGUUGCUUCCUAGGUUGUUUCGGUGGACGGAAGAAUCGCCGGCGUCAGAAACGUAGAGAGUCCUCCGAUCAGGCUAGAGCAAACAAUCUCUCUGUGGAAUAUGCAAAACCUGUUCAUCUCAAUGAUAGAAGAGUCUCUACUACUGUUGAGGAGAUCCCUAAAAGCUCUGUCAUUCCAAUCACUACUGAUAUUUGUGACGAGGAGGCUGAGGAGAAAAGUAGUCCAAGUCCUAAUAGUAGGAAGAGAGUCACUUUUGACUCCAAUGUCAAAACACACGAGCACAUUAUUGAGUCACAAGAAUCUGCUCAACUCUUGCAAGAGAAGAAAGAAGAAGUGAUUCCAGACAAGGCGGCUGUUCAGUCUUCUUCUGAGAACAGUGUGGUUGCCUCGAACCCCUCAGGUGACAGAUACAAGAAUUGCAGAGAGAGCGAUGAUGAAAUCGAGGAGGAUGAGUUGUUGUACUGCGGUGGUGAAAGCGACCUUGAUGAUGAGUUUUAUAGUGACGAAGCGUUUAGUGAGGAGCAUAAGCUGCAUACUCAAACCAAAGAAGAUGCAAAGCUGAGAAUGUCUAAUGAGAGUGUUCAAGGAGUGCUUAACCCCGUUGAGAAUCUCACUCAGUGGAAAUCCGCUAAAUCCAACGGGAAGACAGUACAUAAACAGUCUCAAAAGGAGAACUCUAAUAACCUCAUCUCAGAUCAAGAAGACAGAAAAAAGGAUUCCUUUUCUUUCGGCGCAGACUCUCAGACUGAUGAUACAACGCUCAGUUUCAAACAGGACUCCAAGAAGGUUGAAAACAAAGAAGUAACUGUUGAUGCUAGCCUUUCAACAUGGUUGUCAGCAUCUGAGACGGGUAGUGAGUGCAACAGUGUCUCUAACACACCCGAGAAAAACAAGUCUACAAGCUACUUAAAACGGGUUAUAAACAGCCAUGACGAUAGACCUGUACUAUGUGCAUUGACAUCGGAGGAUAUCAAACAGUUCUCUGCCGCAUCCACGCCGAGGAAGUCACCGAGGAAGAGUCCUGAUGAAACACCUAUUAUAGGCACAGUCGGUGGUUACUGGGGUAAUCACUCAAAGGCAGUAGAUUGCGGCUCUGCUUCUUCAUUCAAGGGGAUACCAAACACCACCAGCAAGUACAGAGAGGACAGAAGCGUGAAUUGGCAUUCAACACCAUUUGAGGCAAGGCUGGAGAAAGCUUUGAACAGAGAUAAAUAAUGGUGCUGCACUCUUUCAACACUCACUUGAUUGUGUCUGAUUUUGAUUUGAUUUCUCUCUCUAGCAUAUUUGUUUGUGUGGUAGUAUUACUGAAAAAGACAUUUGUUAUCCAUAUAAAAUAACAUGAAAAAGUAAAGCAAAAAAACAAGAAUCAGAACCAAAACUGUUCUCUCUUAUUUAUGGAUUAUUCUUCUUGUACAAUGAAAGCUAAAACCAACGUUUUUAUUGUGUUUUGAUCAGGCGACAUAGUAGAUGGAGUUGGGGAGCUUGAAGGUUCUCUUGGGAAGAGGACAGCCUGCGAAGCUGCUCCAUUGGUCUGCCAUCACUCCCAAAACUCUGUAACCAAGACUCGUUAGCCAUGUCCUCUUCUCUGCCUUGUAUUGUUUGACUUCUUUUUGUUCAUCUUCUAGCCCCCUGCAGUGUUUUCUGCUUUUAGUACAUUGGUUUGUCUAAUCUGGUCGGAGCAAACCAGAAUAAAUAACUAGAGGGAUGUAUAAAUACGUGUUUAGCUAAACUGGAGUCAAUAUAUUGGAACCUCAGUGAAGGUGUUAAGAGCA